UUGUCUCCCUCACUCUGGCAAGUGAGAUUGACAAGGGUGGUUGUGAAAUAUUAAAACAUAAAAAUGUGUUCCCUAUCAGAAAAACGUAAAUUGAAUUAAUAACAUGAAUGAUAACAUCAUUACAAAUAAAUGCAUAUUGUUGUUGGUCUCAUGACCAUUUAACAUAUAACUCUCAAAGCGAUAUAACGCGCGACAAAUGGGUGACGUUGUAAGCUUAUUUUCUGUGAUAAUAAUGAAAUUUAAAUCUAAGUUCAAUGAGAGUAAAAUUUAUUUCCACUGUGAUCUUCCCUGGAAGAGGCUAAAUGCGGUGAAAUGGAUGAAUGAGAGGGCCACAUCUAACAGAGCAUAUGUACCAACUGCGGUGGAGAAUGUAGCGAAUGUGUGUACGCACGCAUUAUGCGUGGCACCGGCGUCUUUCGGGGCUCGCGAGCUGCUGACACGUUCUAUGAACGCCCCCCAAGCAAUAGCGGCGGUGGUCUAUGGGUUGGCGCUAUGUUUACUGUUUGCUGUCUCCACCACAUUCCACUCGGUGUGCUGCUGCAAAUCUGAUACUAAAAUGAAACACUUCCUCCACCGCUGCGACCGCGCCAUGAUUUACAUAUUCAUCGCGAGCUCGUAUUUCCCCUGGCUGACGGUGGGCACGCUCUCCUGCUGGAUGCUAAGGGAGCUCCGCUGGGCGAUCUGGCUGCUCGCGGUCCUCGGCAUCACCUAUCAGCAGAUCUUCCACGAGAGAUACAAGAUGCUGGAACUGUUGCUCUACUUGGUCAUGGGGCUAGGGCCCGCGGCGAUCAUACUCACAUCAAAUCACCAGUUCCCAGCCAUGAGCGACCUGAUCACAGGCGGGGUGCUGUACCUCAUCGGCGUGUUCUUCUUCAAGUCAGACGGCCGCAUACCGUUCGCCCACGCCAUAUGGCACGUAUUCGUCGCGCUCGCAGCCACCGUUCACUACCUAGCCAUACUCCGCCACUUGUUCCCCGAACUAAAAUCGCAAUGAAGACUGCCCGAUUAUCCUAUUGAAUCUCGAUUAUUUGAGCUCUCUAACUAUUUUUGUAUCCUAACUCGACCACAAGGCCACAGUAGAGCGACAACGGGACGAUUGUCCGCUACUCGUGACAAUUUAUGCCUUUGUAAAUUCGUUUUCUGUGGCUUUGCCCCCCAGUCGAGUACCUACUCCAACUAGAUAGAGAGAUGGUUGUAUAUUUAUUUAUAGAUUUAAAGACUUGAGCUUUUGUCAGUAUAUUCCAUGCUGUGCAAUUGAACAUUUUACUGGACGCACAUAAUGUAAAUAUCAAGUCUGAUUACUCAUUGGCAAUUAUUUACAAAAUACUCCACAGCGUAACGUUGUAAAGAUCUGAUAUUUAUAGAAUUUAAAUAUAAUGAAAUUAUUAUUUAAUUUUAUUUGAAGCAGGAAAAUGUGCAAUUAAUCUUAAUGGAAACCUGACGAGAACAUUAACAAUUAUAAAUCUAAUUAAAAUAUCAUUAAGAGAGUUCAUACUGCACGAUUGGCAACGUCUAUGUUCAAAUAAUAAAAAAAAUAUUCCUCAAUAAUAAUUUUGAAAUAUUGUUAUAUCAACGAAAAAUUAAAUAUUUUUAAAACGAUCACGAUAAAAAAAUAUUAAAUAAAAAACUGAUACUAAAAAAAAGUUUUAUUCAAAAAUAAAAUGUUAAAAGUUAUAAAUUAUUACUGAUAUCGUGUAGUUAUGUAUAUUUUGUUAUUUGAUAAUGUAUUAAGGCAAUAGAAUGCCACUGUUUUCAUAAUAUGUAAUAUUAAAAUUAAAUUACUUUUAAAAAUUGCUAAUACAGACGUUGCCACAUAUUCGUAUGUACGCUCUUAAUUUGACAGUGGAGUCGAUUCUGAGUUGCCUCACCUAAUUUAUCUCAAACAUUUUCAUUUGAUAGAUCGAAAGUAUUUAUGAUACGGAUCUAUGACAAUUGAACCUAAAUUGGUUCUAAAUAAAUUCUGUUAUAAAUUUAAUAUAUACUUACAAUGUUGCUGUAAUAUCAAACUGCAAUUGUGGUUUUAGAGAUAGAGAUAAGGAAUGGCGCUUCAGAAUUGACCCCAGCCUUCAGUGACGAUAGGAUACCACUUUUAACCAUUAAUAACUUAAAUGCGAGGGGCGUGAUGUUUUCGUGGACGGCAAGUGACCGCGUCCAGCCAAAUAUCUAAUAAAUGUUUGAAUUGUGUGUAUAUUUUGUAAGAUAUUGUUGAAACUUAUUGUAUUGUUGUAGUGUACGUAGUCGUAUCUCAGAAUCUCGAGACCAAACCAACCAUUUUUAGAGUACCUAUAUAAAAUAUUGGGGUUUUUAGAAAAGUUUAUAACUGUAACUAUACUUAUACGAAUCCAGUUUUUUCAGCGAGAUCUUUUAUACACCUCAAUGUGAAUUUUUUCCUUAGAUUAGUUGGUUAUACAUUUUAGCGUAGCUAGUACAAUGUAUCGUCUCGUGUUAAUCUAAGACAACAUGUUUUCUAAACAUCUACAAUAGUUCACACGUUCUAGGUCGAGCCGUUCAUUCAUUAUUACGUUAUCCACUAGACUUAUUUAUUCCUAAUUAGGUUUUUAAGAAUUGCUCAAUUGUUCCUGUGCUGACUAGAUAAUUUUGCUAGACUUCCAAAACCUACCUUCACAUCGCUAAUAUAGAAUAUCUGUUUUAAUUGGCAAUUUCGGAUAUGACAAUUAAUAUAAACUAAUUUAGCUCCGACAGCGUCUACGUAAAGAGGAUCUUAAUAAAUCGGAAUAAAAAGUAGUUUCAUUCCUUCUACUUUUUAAAUACUACGUCUAUACUAAAUUCAAUGACAAUUGAUUUAAUCCUUAAGAUGCAAAGAAAUAACAAACACUGGCAUUUUAUGACUUUAAAAACAAUAAAACAUAAUACAAGCUCUAUUCGUUUGUUCGAUGCCGUUUGUUGGGUGUCGUUGGAAACAAUGGUGACUGUGUAAAAAGGAGGUCACCACAACAAUUCCAAUAGUUAUAUAUACAGAUAAUUCUAAUGAUGCGUUGCCCUUUAAUCUUUCGUAACGGGCGCGACCUUGUGGCAGCUAUCGCUUAGUCUCAAUGCUCAUUGACGACUCAUUGUGUAUUUUUGUUUAUUCGUAUAAUUAUUAACAUUAAAUGUAUGUUUACUUCUACAUUAACUACUUUAAUCAUUAUGAUUGGAUUUACAAAAUAGUCAGUUUUACCUUUUUUUACAUUUUUUUCUUAAUAGAUAAUUAAAAUAUUACUGGCUAAAUCUUUUUGCAUAAGUCGAUCUCGAAAUUAAACCUGUUUACAGUGAUUUGGAAACUGCCAUUAAAAAGAUAUUCUAUUUAAGCUUCAUUUACCUAUACAUUGUUAAAUUUUAUAUUCCUUACUUAAGAAGUUAUUAACGAAGAAUAUGAAAAAUACAAUAACUCUAUAUGUUAAUCGAAUGUUUAAUUCCCAGUUCUGGCGUGCAUUAGGCGAUUUUUUUUUUUACAAUAAUAUCGGCAGUUUUUAACAAUUUCUAGUCAUUUAUUUGCUACAAACACUUAGUGUGUAUACAGAGAUAUUACAUUUGAUGUUUCGACAUGGAUUAAAACUAAACUUGGUUUGAAAAGAGUGAGUUCUCUUUUUAAACUAAGAUUUAAGAAUAAUUUACAUUAAUAUUUCCUGAUUUCGAUUCGGUAUACCUAUUUAAGUUAAACUUAUAUAUCUAAUUGGAAAUUACGAUAUACAUGUUGGUAAUGAGAUGUUGAUAUUUCGAAAUAUAUUCCAUCUGUAUACACACUACGAGAUCUGUAAUUGAAAGUAAUGUACCUAUUCUAAUUAUAAUCUGCAAUGUUAUAUAAAUGAUUUUUAAUAAAUAAUAUUAAGUUGUUAUUCUGGUUGAUAUGUGAAUUCAUUAUGUAAAACUGGUUAGUCAAGGAUACCACAGGGUAAUUUGGUAUAAUGCAUUGUAAGUGCACAAAACACGAGUCGUUAUGAUUUUACCGUUUUGGUAAUAUGUAGUUAUUUUUUUUUUUAUAUAUAAAUAUAUAUAAUAUAUUAUCUGAAAUUGUCUAUAAAUUAUUUUAAAAAUUGAAACAAAUUUUAUUUUUAUCACUAGAUGGCAUUGGGUUUAUAUACUGUAAUUAAAAUAUAGGGAAAUUUUACCUUCCUAAGAUUAGAUAUUUUAUAACUAUCUCUAAAUGUCUUAAAGAGUGCAAAGUAUUUAUAAGUGUAGGAAAGGGUAGAAUGUUAUACGAGUUUUUAUUUACCAUCCAAGCAUGAUUGGGGUCCUCUGUCAAUAAUUUACGUUUUAAAUCACCAAGUGUUAACAAUGUUAGCGAUUUCUAUAGUAAAUUUUAGAAUGUGUGUAUAGAAAUUAUUUUUAAACUGAAUUGAUAGUAAUCGGUACAAUCCAUAUACCCACCGACAUUUGCAUAAUCAUCUUUUCUCUUACAGAACUAAAUUCUUUACUAAAUCAAUAUUAACUGUAUUCCAAAAUCUAAAGAACAUGUGGGCAUACCUAUUAAAAAUAUUACUUUUUUUAAUGUUCUUAUAAAUCAACUUUUUCAUAUAUCUCUCUUUUCAUUUAAGAAUUUCCUCUUGUCGGUGCAACUAAUUCAUGCGUACAUACAUAAAAAUAUUUUUUAUGAAUCUCAAAUUGUAAUCAAAUUGUAAUGAACACUGUUAGGAAUAAUUUUCUUAAUAGAUAAGUAUUUAAAACAAACAUAAUUGUUAAUCUACUCUUCUAAAGACUAUUCUGUUAUAAAGUAAUUACAUAAGAAUAAAUUUAUUCUUAUGGAAAUAAAAAAAAAAAUAUAACGAAAUAGCUUUUUACUAAUUCCUAAAAUCAAACUAUAUCCAUUUGAAUUCAAACUAGUAAAUUACAAGCGCGUACAUUGAUUAUUAACAAUGUGUAUUAUAAAGUAAUACAUUAAUACUACUGGCGAAGACAAUUGUAUAUUUAAUUAAGUAAUUUGUGUCAUUGCGAAUUUAAGACCAAUAUUGAGGCUGAUUUUAAAAUUGCAUUCUCUAAACCUGUACUAAAAUUCACUAAUUUAAUAAAAUAACAUGUGUCCCAGGUGAUCCCAGACUAUUAUGGUUCAAAAUUAUGACCUCUGCCCAUGAUUCACCUGGGUCAUUAUAUUUUUUUUUCUGCUGUAUAUCGUGAACCUAAAUUGGUACUAGAUCAAACAAAUAACUCAGAGAACCGACAACCUAUGGAAAGAAAGUUUUCAAGCGACUAGGCUUGCCCGUAUCUACGGAGGUAGAUACGGGCAGACAAAUUUCGUUCGACUCGAGUAGGCAAACUUUGUUUAUAAAACAAGCGUCUAACGCCAGUCAAAUAUACUACUACUAGAUUAAGAGACAACCCAAAUGUAUCGCAAAAUCACUAUUUACUUUGUAAUUAAAAAUAUAUUAAGAAUUUUAUUACCUUUGGUGCACAUGUAUAUUCGUCUUUCCAUGUAUUUGAUGAAUGAUAUUUUGAAAUUGGCUCCAAUAUAUCAUAGAUCCUGUAUUGAUCAUAGUAAUUAGUAAAGACAACCUUUAUUUAUGAAUACUACAAAAAAAUAUAUACUCCAUUAAGUGAUAGUCCUCCAUAAUGGAAACUUGGUAUAAUUCUCAUACUAACAAUAUUUUUAUUAAUAGAAAUGUGAUAAUAUACUUUUUGUCACCAAGUGUAUGAAAUUAUUAGAAUUACUUUCACCGCAGGUGUCUUCAUAUUUAUUAAUUUCCUUAUCUCAGAUGCAAAUUAAACUUGAUCGUCACUACUUAAGAGAACUACGUAUUAAUACGGAAGUCUGUACGGCUAAAUCUGUCAAUUUUUAAUGUUAUUUGUCUGACUCUAUUGUUAUUCAAAUAGUGCUCUUAUAGUGAAUUCAAUCUAUUAUAUAAUACUUUUAUAUUACGGAAAUCUUGAUGAUAGAGGUACCUGUACUUGUAAUACGAGUAUCGCACUCAUUGUAAAACUCCCAAAGUAAAUUCUGAAGUCAAAAUAAUUAGUAGUUGCAGAAUUUUUCGUGGACUUGGGUUAUACGAGAGCAUUUUUAAAAUUAACAUGAAAUAUUGAAGUGUUAGUUUUUAAAAAAAUACAGACAAUGAAGAAAUUGCCAGAUUUGGUAUAAACAGUCUUAAAAGUUUUUGUCAGUAUUUAUAAAAAAAAAGAUGAAAAAGGUAUUUACCUAGUAGUUCACUGUCCCGAAUCAAAGAUACUUUGGUGGUCGUGAGUUCGAUUUCUACAGACACCAAAACCUAUGUGACAUUUUAAAUUAUGAGCAACUAUCCGGUAAUGGUAAACACCGUUAACAAAUCUAAACUAGCGCCUGUAGUUUCACCCCUGUUAACACACAUUCACAAACAUGUUAAUUUACUAUGCAGCUUUAACUACACCUUCUCUUUUGGAAUCACGGUAUGUAUUUGUUCUCAUGUAAAAGUAUAAAAGAACUAACUUCUUGAAAGUAAUAAUAAAUUAACGUUGAUAUUUAAUAUUCUGUGAUUUUUGUUAUAACCAUUAUCGGAAAUGUAAUCUGAAAGUAAUGUUAAAUUGUUGUCUGUAUGGUGUUUCAUGUAUCGUAAUGUGUAUUGUUGUAGAUUAUAAGGUAUAAAAUACAUUCGUUUAUGUAAAAAAUAUGGCCAGUGAUUUAUCUAAAUGAUUUCCAUAAUAGUGUUGUUUCUUGAAUGUUACUUUUGAAUAUGGACCCUGGUAUAGUUUUGUAGAGGUUUUUGGGAACUCAAUAAAAAAAUUUACAAAUUA